GUUACGCUCUGCUCUCAUCCCGUAUGGAAUCCAAGGGGAAAAUUACCACAAAUGCCCUCGCUCGGGACUCGUGGUCGUCAAUACCAUCAAAGCUGGUGAAACGGACCAUCAACGUUAUUCCGUUCUGCUCGGAGAGACAUACCUGUGAACUUGCACAUGCUCCCACCCAUUACUAUACAGGAUCAGAAUCAGUCAUCCGAACAAUCCUUGCAAGGCCAAGCAAAUCUUGUGAUUCUCAAACAGUUCGCUCGUGGAAAUUGAGCGAAGUUCCCGUCUUUGCAUUCUUGCAUGUAAAGAUGGUGGUGCAUGGUCGAACAGCUGGCUGGGUUCUUUUUGGUGCCUUGGCCUGAAACACUCAAUUCCGAUACCCACUGUCCAGAAAUAAUCCCUUCAGGCUUCGGUCUUCUUAACUCCCGGUGUUCUCCCCACGGCUAUAGGGCUUGAAUGACCUAUCUUAUUUAUACAUCAGCUCCAGCGGCACACAUUAUUUGUACCCUCUCUCUCCCAACUCCAACAGACGAAUGUCCAAAACGCAACCAUCUACUACUGUUAGCGACGCCCGAGCCUCUAAUUCUCUGAGGAAGGAGGACAGUAUCAGCCAUUUGUCGCAUGUUACUCCCGAAGAACAGGAAUACGUCAAGCCGAAUCGAUGGUGGAAGUAUCGGUUCGUCGUCAUUUUCCUUUCUUCGCCAGUAUACCACUCACAAUCGACGGUUUCUUGAACCAUUAGACAAGGGCUCAGACCAUACGCAGCUGAGUUUGCGGGGGUUAUGAUGAUCAUCAUAUUUGGGGACGGCGUUGUCUGCCAGGUAGUCUUGUCCAGUAACACCGGUGUUGCUAGUAGUCCGAAGGGUGAAUAUCUUUCCAUUAGUUUUGGAUGGGCCAUUGGUGUUGCAGUGGGAAUAUGGAUUGCAGCUGGAAUAUCUGGGGCUCACCUUAAUCCUGCGGUGACUUUAGCGCUCGCCACCUUUCGCGGGUUCUCAUGGAAAAAGGUUCCUGGGUACUGCUUCGCGCAGCUAAUGGGCGCAUUAGUCGGUGCAGGAAUUGUCUACGCAAACUAUAUCCAUGCCAUCGAUAUUUUUGAGGGGGGCAGACACAUUCGUACCUUGAAAACAGCAGGAUUAUUUUCCACCUACGCACUGGACUACAUGACAAACGUGUCCUGUUUCUUCUCGGAAUUCAUGGCAUCCGCUGUAUUGUUAAUCGCCGUUUUCGCCGUCAUCGACAAGGGAAAUCAUGCUGCACCACCUGGUUUACCCCCACUUCCACUUUUUAUUCUCAUCCUCGGGAUCGGAGCAUGUCUCGGAAUGCAGACAGGAUAUGCAAUCAAUCCCGCUCGUGAUCUGGGUCCUCGUAUUCUUACCGGUAUGGUCGGUUACGGGGCCGCUCCUUUCACGUUCAGAAGCCAUUACUGGUUAUGGUGCCCCGUUAUAGCACCUGUCUUCGGUGGCCUCACCGGAGCAUUCUUUUAUGACUUAUUCCUAUAUGACGGAGAAGAUAAUCAGUUAUACAGGUGGCUGCAUAAAACAACGCCGUCCCCUGAGCGACGAAGUGAAGAGAGUGUUGCUUGAGUUGAAGUUAUUCUACUAAAGGAUACUUCAUCUCCGUGUAUUUGUAUCAUGACUCGGUGGCGAGUGUUGUCUUUGUAGUAUGAAUUGUCAUGAUUUGCAUGGCUUUUACGUUUUUUACAUUGUACUAUCGUUCAAUGUAGAAGGAAAAUUCAGGUG